AUGAAUUUGUCCAAAGAGACAAGGGAAUCGUUUGCUCCUGCCUCGAGCAAUAUGGCAGAUAUCACCACUCAGCAGUCAGAAAACCCUACCAAGCAUGAGCAAGAUCCCCAGGCGGACUCGGAGAGUCUCCAGGCUGGCGUGCAGAGAGCCGAGCAGUUGCGACGGGUCUGGUCAAAAACAGGCUUGAUCAUUGCUUUUGUGGGCCUGUUCCUGGCCACCUUUGCCGUCAAUUUCGCCGAUUACUCCACCCAGGUUUAUACCGCAUACACCACGAGUGCCUUCAAGCAGCACUCCGCCAUGAGCGCUGCGCGCGUGGUUAUGAACAUCACCCGCAUUGCUUCAUAUCCAAUCAUUGCUAAGCUGGGCGACGUAUUCGGUCGAGCAGAAAUGUUCGUCCUGUCGAUCAUCGCCCAGGUCCUCGGCUAUGUCAUAUACGCAUGCUGCAAGAACAUUUCACAGUACACGGCUGCUGGAAUUUUCGAAGCCAUCGGUUCGACGGGUUAUGCCCUUACCCAGCAAGUGUUCGUCGCCGAUGUGACAAAUUUACUCAAUCGAGGCAUUUGGUCAACACUCCCCGAUUCGCUGACGACAAUCCCGACCUUGUACCUGGGCACGAUCGUUGCACAAGAUAUACUUAACCAUCCUACAUGGCGCUGGGGCUGGGGAAUGUGGGCCAUAGUGCUGCCUGUAGCUGCAUCACCCUUGAUCGGAAGCAUGGUGGUCUGGCAACACCGUGCUCCUCGGCCCGUCCGCAACAGUACGGCACUGAGCUGGAAGAGCACAGAUCCGUGGUGGCGUCGAGUGUAUGACCUUCUGUGGGUUCAGUUGGAUCUGCCGGGCGCCGUGCUACUUCUCUUAGGUCUAUCGCUCUUCUUAAUUCCACUAUCCCUGACGGGAUCCGGCAACAGUGAUGCCUGGCGCCACAACGGCUCCUUCAUUGCGAUGCUUGUAAUGGGCGUGGUCUUUGUGAUAGCCUUCUUGGUCUGGGAUGCCUGGUUCGCAAAGAAGCCAUUCGUUCCGUAUCGGAUGAUCCGCAACCGCACCGUGGCCGCUGCAUGUCUGCUAGGUGCUUUGGACUUUUUUCAUCAUUCCGUGUUCACGGUCUUUUUCACCAGCUAUCUGCAGGUAGCUGGACAUUUUGAGGCGGGCAAUGCCACACGAAUCGAUAAUUCUCUUCGAGUGGCUUUCCAAGUGGCGGGCAUCUUCGCCUCUUUCUGCAUGAAAUAUACCCGUCGCUCUCAGAUCUGGGUUCUGACUGGCGUACCUUUAUGUGUUCUUGGCAUGGGCAUCGUUCUCUACCUCGUCGACAUGGGAGAUGGAAAAACAGGAAGUGAAGCAGCCUUCGUCACAGCCAAGUCGCUGAUCGGUAUUGGACGUGGCUUUUACCAGACCGCAGCUCAAGUCUCUGUUCAGACUGUUGUAUCCCGACAAGAAGUCUCCGUCGUGACGGCAGUAUUCUUUGCUUCGAUGAGCGUGGGAGGGGCUAUUGGAACAAGUGUUGCUGGUGCCAUUUGGCGGAGCACCCUGCCCAACAAGCUGGAGAAAUACCUCCCCAAUGCGUUGAAGUCACAGGCACAUACCAUCUUCAGCUCUAUUGUCGUAGCCAAGAAAUAUCAACCUGGCACAGCGGCUCGUGAUGCCAUCGACCGGAGCUAUCGGGAAUCGCAGCGCCUGCUGGCCAUUGCAGCGCUGGCAGCAUUGGCGCCUAUGCUUAUCGUGAUGUUCUUUCUGCGCAAUGUACAUCUUGAUGAGCGCAAUGAACAGGAGACUAGUCCUGCUAGUCAGGCGGAUAUCGGCCACGAAGAUGUGCAAAGCAGUGACUUUCGGUAGUUGCAUGAGUCGAGCCGUCAAUAACCGUGAGGGUUCUAGUACAGAGGAUGUGUUGUACUCUCGCAGGGUCCGGUCUGCCACUCGAAUCUGAAGCU